AAGGAGGCCGGAAGAGGAGGUAUUUCUUCUUUUCUUCACGUAUUACCGCAGAGCUCCAUUUUUUUCUUCUUCGCCCUCGUGCAUCUGCGUGUACAUGUGUGCUGCGUGGUUGUGGCAAAGAAGUAAAAACGGAAGAAGAAGAAGAAGAAGAAGCAGCAGAAGAGAGUGAAAAAAUGUGCGGGCGCACAAGGCACCAACAGCAGCUGCAGCUACAGCAACCCCUAAGCUAUCUUCACGAGCUAGUGGUAUAGAAGGUGCCUGUACAUAUAUGUAUAUACAUGUGCGUAACUGCAACAGUGGAAGGACCGUCCGCAACUCCGCAGUCGCAUACAUAAUAAACAAAAUCCUAAAAUCGGAGUCGAUUUUACGCUCCCUUCGUUAUCUUCCUUUGCAGACUACCUACACACAUGUAUAUAAUAGUAUUGUGAUAAUACAAGAAUGUUCACAUAAAUACGCGCUUCUUCGGGUUUUUCUUCUUCUUUUUUUUUUGAGAGUUAAAGUGACGCGUGUGCGCGAGACAUUUAAAAGCCCAUAUCCAUACAUACAUCUAUAUAUUACCCGUUACUCGCGUGCGAGCGAGACGGGAAACAUUACGUACGAUCCCCCCUGUACGUAUAGUGUUUGAGUGCUAUAUAUAUAUACAAAUACAUAUAUGUGUGUGUACGUAUAUAGAGUAAUAAUACACAUUGCAAAGGCGACGUUGGCUACUGCCGUUUCUCUCUCUUCCACGGAGGGGAGCUAGGCUAGAGCCAAGAGAGAAGAAACGAGACAGGGAGAGAGAGUUAUAUAGAGGACGACGAAGACAAGGAAGAGGAGGAGGUGGAGGGUACAUACCUACGUAUAGGUAUAUACCAUACACGAGAGCACGGAUGGAGGAGUACUUGCUGCAAGGAGCCUACAAGAGGCCUAGGUUGGCCGAGGCAAGCUCGCCGAGUUUUUUGGAUGCCCGCGCUAGCAUGGUGCCGUUCUUCGUGGCGACGCAGGACCGCGAGGUGGACAUGAACAUGGCCGCGAUGCCGAUGGGCGGCAACCUGGCCCUCAACCCCGUGCACUCGGCCGAGUUCAACCAGCUGGCAGGCAUCGACUGGCGCCACGUGAUCCCGGCCGACAGCCGGAAUCGCUUCGUACACAAGAUAUCCCAGGCGUUGCUGCACCACACCCGCAAUGGCGAGAAUUCGGACAGCCGUUCGCCAAAGUGGAUAGCGGCAGCUAAAAAGAUCGAAGGCAAGGCUUUCAAGAUAGCGGCCUCCCGUGCCCAGUACUUCAACAUAUUGAAGGAGGAAAUUCAUAAAAUCCAGUCGGGAUACGGCUUCCCCGCGAUGUCUAGUCAAUUUCCUCCGUCGAGCAGUACGACCUCGGCUUCGGCCGCCAACAACAUGACGCUCGUCAACAUGUCCCAGAAUUACGGGCCGAACAAUUUCGGUGAGUCCGUGUCCCAAGCGAGCAUAGCUCACUCGAUGACGUCCGGCAACUUGUUCCCCGACGAGUCGGUGGUUGGUGGUGGCGGUGGCAUGCGGAUACCCGUGACGAGUUCGAUGGGCUCGGCUCGGCCUCAGCAGUUCGAGGCGUUCAACGGUAGACAGCUGGGACCUCGAUCAAUGGUCCAUGACCAGUUGGCCGGUAACAGCUUGCAAAUCGGUUUUCCCGGUGAACCAGGGCCGUUCAUGUCGAGUGACCAGGUGCUCGCGUCCAAUCUGCUGCACUCGAUGAACAGCCUCAUGUCGCCGCCCAUGAAUCAGUUCAUACCCUCGGCCUUGGCGUCCAUGGGCUCGCAGCAGCAACAGCAGCGGUUCGGACUCAGCGACGCCGGCCCAGGGGUACUGUCGGAGAACAGCAGUAUCAUGAACUCCCAGAUGCCUGGCCGGAUACAAUCCAAGGAGUGGCACAAGUCUGUUACCUUCAAUAUUCGGAAUCGACUUAUUCGUAAGAUGGCCCAAAUGCUCGUGACGAUUCCGGAUCCCCAGGGUGGAAUCCCGGAAAACCGCAUGCACCAGAGCAUCUGCAUCGCGACGAGUGUUGAGAACGAGGUUUUCCGAAACGCCAACUCUGUGACGCAGUAUUACGAUUUGAUGGCUAAACGGUGUCAUAUCAUCGUCAAGGAGCGAUCGAACCACGUGAACCCGAACAGCCUACAGUUCAUUAACCCGUCGGACAUCCGGCGCACGUACGAGCAGCUCGGCAUCGCUUACCCGUUCUCGGGUGGCCCGUCCAAUAGUAGUGGUAACAACAACGGCAACAGCAACAACAGCAAUAACAACAACGCCAACGCUGGCAACAUGCGCAGUUUGCACGGCAACAAUGAGUCCUCGGCACCGGUGGCCACGUUGCCUGGUGGCAUGCCCGGUAUGAUGGGCUCGGGAGCCAAUGGACCCGCUCUUUACGGCUUCGCUCACCGAGGACAGCCGACGCAGCCCGGCCAGUUAAUCGGCGGUACCUUGGACCUGAACAGCAUUGCUCCGGAGUCGAUCAAGCAGCUGGCUCACGCCUACAAGUGCCUGGAGCGCGAGAACAGCGUCAACGAGGCCAACGAGGUGAUGAUGAUGUGCCCGGUGCCGUUCUGCCGGGACACGAAGAAUCUCAUCAAUCACGCGGCCACCUGUCAGAUCGGCCUCAAUUGCUGUGGUCCCACAAAGGACAUCAUCAGUCAUUGGAAUCAUUGCGCCCUCGACGAAGCCAGCUGCUCUAUGUGCCUGCCCGUUCACCAGGCAGAGAGAAGCCUUAACGUGGCGCCUUACUCUGCACCACCACCUCGGUCCGCCUCGACCCGUACUUACCACCACCGAUUUCUGCCUUCAGCGGCGACGACGACGACGACGUCAAGCGCGUCAGGCCAGAUGGGCGGCCAGAUGCCAGUGUUCAUGCGCCGGCAACACGGCGGCCGCGGCAUGAACAACAACAGCUCGGCGUACCCAUCCACAGCGACCUCGGGCCUACUAACAAAUCAAUCUCAGGUAGGUCCACCACCCAAUGGCACCUCGUUGCGUAACGAGCAACAACAACAGCAGCAGCAGCAGCAACAACAGCGCAUCACUCCGCGCUCGGCCUCGAUGUGGCACUCGAACUACAACGAUGGCAGCUGGCGCGGAAAUCCGGAGAGCAACGGGAGUCCCGGCCUCGAGCCGAUCAGGCGCAUCAGCAACGCCCAACGCUUUUGGCUACCCCACCGCAAUAGCCCCGUCGCCCGAGGACACGAGAGACGGGCGCCCUACAACAACCCCUGGGCAUCGUCCGAGCAAGUCAUGUACGUCGAGAAUCCGAGACAGAUAGCCGUGGCCGUGCACGCGCCGCCCGUCAGGGCACCGUCGCUCUUCGGCCCGAUGCCCUCGGCACGCAACCUUGACAGGCUCCAGCCAUACGGAUCACCUUGGCGGUCGUCUGACAUGUUCUUUGUCGAGAACGCGAGGCCUGCGCAUCGUCCUGCCCAAGACGUGGAUGAACCGGUCAUCAUUCAACCCGAAGAAGAAGCGACUCCCACCGAGCAUCAGCAAGUUAUGGCCAUCAUGAAUUGCCUAAAAACUCACGGCGGCCGUCUCGAGCAAAAGUUCCGGUGUGCGCGACGCAGCUGCAGCGCCUCAUGGCCGUGCCUCCACCGGCGCCUCGCCGCCUCGAUCCAGAGUCUCGAGACCCCGAGUCCGGGAUGAUUCAAUUACCUCGUCAACAUUAUCAUGCUCCUCGUCAUCUACUGCUACAACUCCUACAAAUAUUACUACAUCAACUGCGAAUACUUCUUCUACAAAUCGUUCCUCAUCAUAGAGCUAGUUUAUUUUGAAAGCGACUUCUAUUUUUAUACAAAGAUCCAAGUCAGAGCCGAAGAUCAUACAGGCGCACAGCACGAACUCUGCUGCGGCUACUUAUAAAAUGAAAAUUACGCGUCGUCGUCGUCGUCGUCGUCGUUGUUGUGGUCGUUGCUACCGCAUGCUGCUGCUGAUUCGACGCUACAAUUUAUAAAAAAGACACUGACGAUUGAAGCAUGAAUAAUAAUCACGUUAAAUCGCCGUUGUGUGUAACAUAAAACAAACAAGACAUUAACGAGAGACACCAGAAUGCGCCGCGCAGAGGGCCAUCAGACAAAAGUAGAAGUACCAAAUCUCUCUCUCUGUGUGUGUGUGGUGUGUGUGUUUUUAUAUAUAUAUAUAUAUAUAUAUAUAUAUAUAUAUUACAAUUAUUGUUUUUUCCUCGUUCGAUAAUUCGAUUCAUUCGUUACGGUGGGUAUAUACAAACAUACAUACUUAUUAUACACGUUAUUGUAUUGCGCGAACUUGUAUUUGUAAUGAAACUUCGUUGUACAUUAAUUUUUUCCCUUUUACCCCUCGAGACUUAUCUUAGUUAGGGUGUAGCAUGUAUAUUAUAUAUUUUUAGUCCUCCCCCCCCCCCUUAAUAUAAUUAUAAUAGUAUAAUAUGCGUGAUAAUCCGCAUUUUUGCGUUCAAUGUCGGAUGCACACGUUGGAUGCAAAAGCGAGAGUAAGAGGCAAAAAUGCAAAAUCUUUUUUUUUAAACUCGGUCAAGCCUAGCUCGUCGUGUAAACUCGUGUGUUUGUGAUUGCGUUGUGGCAAUUCGGCUUUAAACGCCAUAUUUUAAAUUGUCGCAUUAACAUGAUUGUUUUUUUAACAUAAUACAGCGGCUUUUAACUGAAAAUUUUUCAAUCGUCCAAUUAAUUAUUUGUAAAAUUAGGGUAAUCUCGAUAUUCUCGUAUUUCCGGAAAAUUAUUACAAAAACUUUCAAGACCGGAAUUACUGAUAAUACCGUACGAUCAAAGAUGACUCGUAAUCUUAAUGUAUUAUGCCGUGAGUUUUUAGAAUAAUUGUUUAAUGUACAAGUUCAUAGACGUGGGUUAUCCGCAACUCAGAAUCUAUUUUUUUAUUAUACUAUGAAUUCUAUGUUUUCAUGGGUUUCGAUGUUUGUAUUUGUAUGCCUUUUCAUUGACUUUUGUAAUUAUUUGAAUAGUGAAAAAAAAAAAAAAAUAAAAACCUGUUAAUACAUGUAAAAAACAUUUCAUUUCGUUAUGUCAAGUUGGUUAUCUGUUGAUUUUUUUUAUAUUUAAAAUUACAUUUGAAGCUUUAAGGUUCAGUUAAAAAUGGUAAACGCAUACAAAUAUCCAGCCCUUAUGUACCAAUUAUAUAAAAACUUGAUUAUUUAUUAAAAUUUACCAACCAGCAUGUUAAUUAUAUCGUACGUACUAAUUUGUUUGUAAUGAUAAUAAGCAAUUUAAAUCAAUAUGACACACAACGUCUCGAGGUCAUACCGAAUGCAAAGUGUAAGACCCUGCAGAGUGUUUUGUUUGUUUUUUUUUCUAGGUGAAAAUGAAAAUUUUAAGUUUUUGUUUGACAAUUUAUUUCGAUAAGUGAUAUAAAGUUAUAACCGUACAAUUAGGCUAUUUUUGAAUUAAAUAUAAUUGAUGCAAUUUGUUAAGGGUUGUACUGGCUUCAUACUAUGUAUAUGAUUCCUGAAUUGUAAAUGGAUAAUUUUCAAAAAUGAAUCGUAUUUAAUCGACCCAAUUUUUUGUCUUUUUUUUUGUUAAGAUCAAUAUUGUGCUUUGAAUGCAAAAAAUUUACUGAACAAGCAAUUAAUACACACAAAAAUACAUCUACAACUACGACACAAACAAAAAUUGCUCACGAAAAUCUUGUCAUUAAAAAACCAAUGGAUGCUCAUCAAUUCGUUAUAAGAUUUUAUGUGGUUCGAAUAUUAUUAUAUAUAGCAUUAGAAUGGAAACAAAAACGAUGAAGAUAGAAUUCUGUAUGUGUACUUGUAAAACUUGUAUUAUUUUUUAAAUAUAAGAACACUUUUAAUUUUACAUAGUGUCAAAAUAAAAUUUGUUUUCCAACA